CUUUUUUAUCCAGUUUAACUGGAGGAAAACUUCCUUAAAGUGAAAGCAGGAUAGACCACAUUCAACUCAGCACUUCUACAGCUGCAUUUCACUGGAAUUUGAGAAAGAGAAGUGAUGGGUCUCUUUAAUAAUAUCAAGUUCUUCGUACUGUGCCAUGGAAUGCUGCAACUUGCACAACUGUUGGUGUCUGGAUAUCUGAAGGGCUCCAUAUCCACAAUCGAGAAAAGAUAUGGCCUGUCCAGUCAGAAGUCUGGGGUGCUGGCCUCUUUUAAUGAGGUUGGAAACACAGUUCUUAUUGUGUUCGUGAGCUUUUUUGGAAGCCGAGUACACAGACCCAGGUGUAUCGGGAUCGGAGCGAUCCUCGCAAGCAUGGCGGCGUUCCUAAUUGCUUUGCCACACUUUUUCAGUGAUAAAUAUGAAUACACAGAUGACGGGAACUCUAACACCAAAGAAGUUUCAGGGUUUUGCCGUGCAGCGAGUAAUCACCAGGCAGCAUCCUCUAAUCAGACAUGUUCAGAAGUCAAUAGUGAUGCCAACAAUGCAGUGUUUCCUAUACUCCUCUUGGGUCAGUUGCUGCUAGGCAUUGGUGGAGUUCCUAUCCAACCUUUUGGGAUUUCCUAUAUCGAUGACUACGCCGAUAAGAAGAAUUCGCCGUUCUAUCUCGGGAUAUUAUUUGCGUUAACGGUCAUCGGACCAGCGCUGGGUUAUUUGAUGGGGUCAGUCCUGCUUCGCUUCUAUGUUGACUUCAACACAAUGUCAUCUGCGGAAAUAGUCUUGGAGAGAACGGAUCCUCGUUGGGUCGGAGCAUGGUGGCUGGGUUUCCUUCUAGCUGGCACCUUGCUCUUCCUCACCUCCCUGCCCUACCUAUUUUUUCCGAGAAGCAUGAUAACAGAGGAAACUGCAGCCGCGACAGCAGAAACACUAAAAGAGAAGCAGGAAGCUGGAUCAGACUCUAUACAUGAACUUUCACUGCUCCAGUUCCUCAAAAAAUUCCCACACAUCAUGCUGAGAACCCUGAGGAACCCUAUUUACCUUUUGGUGGUGCUGGCCCAGGUGAAUCUAGCAGCUAUGGUUGCUGGACUGGCUACGUUCAUGCCUAAAUACAUUGAGAGGCAGUUCUCUCAAACGGCGUCCUUCUCGAACAUAAUGAUUGGUGGAUUGAGCAUCCCAUCAGCCAUGUUGGGCAUCAUGGCAGGAGGUAUGAUCCUGCGCAGGCUCAAUCUGUCCGUUAAAGCCUCUGCGAUCUUGUGCAGCGGCGCCGUUCUGUUGGCCAUCAUCUUCGCCUUGCCUCUCCUCUUCCUCGGAUGUCCGACGCAGAACGUUGCCGGGAUAAACUACAAAGAAAGCACUGAAAGCAACUUCAGCAAGUACCAGACUUGCAGUUUGGGAUGUUCCUGCUCUGAUGAAGCUUUUAACCCUGUGUGUGGCUCUGAUGGUGUGGAGUUUCCCUCUCCUUGCCAUGCUGGCUGCCAUAAAAGAAAACCAGAAGAGAACCCAGUUAUCUACACAGAAUGCGCUUGUGUGGGUCUGAAUGAUUCCCAGGGUCGAGCCGUAUCAGGAACGUGUGGGAACGGCUGCUCCCACCUCCUCAUCCCUUUCAUGGUUUUCUCCUCGCUCACAUGCUUCUUAGCCUCGCUCUCUCAGACGCCGUCGUUUAUGAUGAUUCUCAGGACUGUGACCCCUGAAGACAAAUCCUUCGCCCUGGGAAUCCAGUUCAUGCUCUUCAGAGUUCUUGCGUUUCUCCCUGCACCUGUCCUGUACGGAAGUGCCAUAGACUCGACUUGUAUUCUGUGGGGGAGAAAGUGCAACAAGAACACUUCCUGUCGUUACUACAACAUGGAUUUUUUCAAACAACGAUUUCUUGGACUUCAGACGGUUUUCAUCUUCGGAGGUCUGGUCUUUUUCUUUCUCUCCUUUUUGGUCCUGAGGAGAGCCGAUUCAGCCGAGCGAAAGAGAUCGCAACAAUCGAAGAGCAACGGCGCAAUAAAGAAGCAGGACGCGAAAAAUUCGAAAGCGUUACUGAUCUGCAACGAUGAACAAAACGACAAGCUGGUGUGAGAACGUGGAAGCAUGAGAAGUCCUGAGGGACUUGCAGCAAAUUUUAGGAUCGAUUCCUGAUUUUUUUUUUAUUUUUAUUUUUUUAUAAAGACUGCUGUAAAUAGGCGUCACCUGUGAGUCAUAAAUCACACAGAUACUAUAAUCUUUUCCAUCAAAUGUUAAUCAAACAGUGCUGCCGCUGUUGCCGCCGCUGAGGAAGCGUCCGCAUGUGUGAACACGCUAACUACGCUAACACAAUGUGAAGCCAACGUAGCCUUUCCUUCGUCUGAGCCUUUAAUGAAAAUAGCUGGCGCUCGUCCAGCUGAUUUGUACGACGCUCGCCUAAUAAGAAGAGGGCGUCGUGAGUGUCGCAAUCUCGGACCAGUUGGUUAAACCUGUUCUGAACUGCUUUAAACUGUUAAAAAAAAUAAAAGAGAAGAAAUGAAGGUGAGAUCGGUUGGAGAAUGUUACUGGAGCAUUAUUGAGAAAUAUACAGAGGGCAUUAGAAAAUCCUACAGGAGUCAAUAUAUAUAUAUAUAUAUACAUAUAUAUAUAUAUUUUCUGUGUUCUAGGCUGCAGAUAUUGAAAGCCUCACUGUGAUUGGUGAAAUGAGUUUUCUAUCUUGUUUUGAAACAAAAUGUAAGCUUUUCUUUUUAACAGCAUUCAUUUACAAUAUGUAUUUUUGUAUUUGUUUGUUAAUUGUAUAUUACGCUAACAGUUUACAGUUUCUAUGUGCACACUGAAAUUAGAUUGGAUUAGAAGGAUGUGGAUAAAUGGUAAAGGCGUGAACAUUUGAUACAUCGAAACUGACAAAUUUUUUCUUAAACAGACAAGUAAAUCAGUUCUAGGAUAAAAACUGUUCAGACUAGAAACACAUGGACUCCUGUUCGUUCCGCAGUUAUCCGAUUAGCCAAUCAUGUGGCAAUGUAUAAAAUCGUGCAUAUAGGAGUCAGUCACCUGGUUCAAGGGGAGUUCUGGUGAAUCUGCCCCCAAUGUAGCAUCAGAUUAGAUCCUGGAGAUCUGAGGUGUUAUGCCUCGUGAGAUGCUUUUCUGCUCAUCACCUUUGUAAAGAGUAGUUAUCUGCAUAAACUGUAGCCUGUAGCUUUAGGUAUAAAUCAAUCGUACCUGUUCUCCUCUCACCUCAAGGUGUUUCUACCUUGCUUCUGUUAUUUCCUUCUGUACUCUAGAGACUGUUAUGAAUGAAAAACCCCAGGAGGUCUAUAGUUUCUGCACCAUGCCACAUCUAAAAUCUCAUAGAUAUGAACAUUAACACAUGAAUUGAACAUGAUUUUAUGCACCACGCUAAUGUUACCUGAUCGGAUAAUCGGAUGAAUUGAAUGAGCAGGUGUAUAUUAUAUUAUAUUAUAUUAUAUUAUAUUAUAUUAUAUUAUAUUAUAUUAUAUUAUAUUAUAUUAUAUUAUAUUAUAUUAUAUUAUAUUAUAUUAUAUUAUAUUAUAUUAUAUUAUAUUAUAUUUUCUUUCAUGCAUUCAGUAUCGUCAAGAAAAUGUGACACCUGGUCGUUAAAAUGUGAAUUAUUUGGAGAAAUGUUUGACCGUCACUGAAAUUUUUUUUUAACACAAACGUAACACAAAAAUGUCAUAUGUAUACUGACAGAAUAGUAUUUCCUCUGGCCUUCUGGCUGGUGUAUUGUAUAUCUGUUCAUUUAUAAAAAAAGCUAUCUAUAAUCCUGAUGAUUUUAUCUUGUAUAAUUUCACAUAUUUACUAAACCACCCACAGAUGGACAGAUAAAAACCUCUUGUUAUCGUUCCA